CGAGCCAAUGAAACACACUGGUAUACAUAGUUCACAGAGACAUUGCAGAUCUCCCAGUUGUGGAAUACGUGGCCCACAUCUGAGAACGGUGUGUGUGACUGUUUAGGCCAGAAGAGAGAGAUGGACAUCCUGGAGACAAGUGCCUUUGACCGCAGACAACGCAGAAAUACGUGCUGUGUACUGUUUCUCUACCUCCUCCCUUUUUUUGCAUCCUGCACAAUAUACUUCUAUUUGUGGAUCCCAGACUCCACCCCCUCUCUUCUGGCUGCUGGAAUAAAGGCUGCUCCCAUCCUCUCGUUGGUCCUUCUGGUGUUCAGCUAUAAUGGGGGGCGGAGUCUAAUGGGUGUGGCCGGAGGGUUGCUGCUCUCAGCGGGCGGAGACUGUUGCCUUAUUUGGCCAGAACGUUUUAUUCAUGGAAUGAGCUGUUUCGCUCUGGCCCACUUGCUUUACUCUUUCUCCUUCCUGUCAUCACGAUAUUCUGCAACAUCUUCGUCUUUCUCAUUCUAUAUCCUCUACCUCCCCCUGUGGUUGAUCGGCGGUGGACUUUAUGUGUACCUGGUGCCCUUCCUACGGCUUGAUCCAGAAGCUGACGUCCUCGUCCCAGCCAUAGGGGGUUACGUGCUGCUCAUUGUCAUCAUGGCUACACUAGCUGUUCGUACGCGGCGGCCGCUUGUCCUGCUGGGGAGCCUGGUCUUCAUGGCUUCUGACCUCACAAUUGCACUAACAAAGUUCAAUGUCUUUGAUAUAGAAUACGAAAGGCACAUUAUUAUGACAACAUACUACCUGGCACAGCUGAUGAUUGCGCUGGGUGACGUGAAGGCAAUGCUGGAGGAGGAUGCUGAUGAUAUCCACAAGUGGAAGAGAUCAUAAAACUGCUGUGAACUCAGGAUAUUGGUUUAGUGAUGCCACACAAACACUACUUUGUGUAUCAUCAUCACUGAAAAGGGUUGAUUACGGUAUAAAAUGGGACCUAUUUGAAUAAACCUGUCUGUGUCUGUUUCGCAGUUAAAUCCACAACUAUUGUGUGUGGACUUGACUUAUAUCCCUAAAUAUCUGAAAUAUUACAGUCUACAAUAACAGCUGAGACUUAGGCCUUCUUCUAGUUUCACUGCAGCAGACUGAUGUAAACUCCUCACAACAGACUCUGCGCUGAUAUGAACUGAUUUAAUUAAAUUUAACUGUAUUUAAAUCAAGUUUUAUUUUGUCGAACAACACAAAUAUUUAUGCUGGGAUGCUCCACAUUGAAAUUAUGCUAUUUCUAGAGCAGAGAUAAUUGUAUCAUACUUAAACAGAAAAUAAAGGAGGUUGUGUCACAGUGUCA